CACUGGACAGCUUUAUUCUCUUCCUCGCGUCCAUCGGCCACACUUACUGUUCUCAAAUGAGCAAGAUAGCUAAAUACAGACCUGUGUUCUCGCUGUGAAAAUGCAGUGUCCCCGCAAACCCGCCAGCCGUGCCUCCUGUACCGAAUUUCGGCGUCCGUACCGGCUUUCGCUAACGUCAACUGAAGUAAGCAAGACAGGUGACAGCAGGAACAUGUCUCGGGAGCUGCAGGAUGUGGACCUCGCCGAGGUGAAGCCUUUGGUGGAGAAAGGGGAGACCAUCACCGGCCUUCUGCAAGAGUUUGAUGUUCAGGAGCAGGACAUCGAGACUGUGCAUGGCUCCAUUCACGUCACGCUGUGCGGGACCCCCAAGGGAAACCGGCCCGUCAUCCUCACGUACCACGACAUUGGCAUGAACCACAAAACGUGUUACAACCCCCUUUUCAACUCCGAGGACAUGCAGGAGAUCACACAGCACUUUGCUGUGUGCCACGUGGAUGCCCCUGGCCAGCAGGACGGUGCUGCCUCCUUCCCCGUGGGGUACAUGUACCCCUCCAUGGACCAGCUGGCUGAAAUGCUUCCUGGAGUCCUCCACCAGUUUGGGCUGAAAAGCAUUAUCGGCAUGGGAACCGGAGCAGGGGCCUACAUCCUCACGCGAUUCGCCUUGAACAACCCGGAGAUGGUGGAGGGCCUCGUCCUCAUCAACGUGAACCCUUGUGCCGAAGGCUGGAUGGACUGGGCCGCGUCCAAGAUCUCCGGAUGGACCCAAGCCCUCCCAGACAUGGUGGUGUCCCACCUCUUCGGGAAGGAGGAAAUGCAGAAUAACGUGGAAGUCGUCCACACCUACCGCCAGCACAUCGUGAAAGACAUGAACCCCGGCAACCUGCACCUGUUCAUCAAUGCCUACAACAGCCGGCGAGACCUGGAGAUUGAGCGGCCCAUGCCCGGAGCCCACACAGUCACCCUGCAGUGUCCUGCUUUGUUGGUGGUUGGGGACAGUUCUCCUGCUGUGGAUGCCGUGGUGGAGUGCAACUCGAAAUUGGAUCCAACAAAGACGACUCUCCUCAAGAUGGCGGAUUGCGGUGGCCUCCCGCAGAUCUCCCAGCCGGCGAAGCUUGCGGAGGCCUUCAAGUACUUCGUGCAGGGCAUGGGAUACAUGCCCUCGGCCAGCAUGACCCGCCUGAUGCGCUCCCGCACGGCCUCCGGCUCCAGCGUCACGUCCCUGGAGGGCGCCCGCAGCCGCUCCCACACCAGCGAGGGCACCCGCAGCCGCUCCCACACCAGCGAGGGUGCUCGCCUGGACAUCACCCCCAACUCCGGGGCCACCGGCAACAACGCCGGGCCCAAGUCCAUGGAGGUGUCCUGCUAGGCGGCCUGCGCCGUGGCCGUCCCCGGACUCUGGGCUCACGCAACCGCCCUUCCUCCAGCCCUUCCCGCCCUGCCUGCCACACCACACGUAACUCGUAUUAACCCAAAGCUUAUGGUGUAAGACAGCUCUGGGGGGACAAAGUUAGACCGGGUUUGUCGAGGGCGCCUCUCCCAUCAGGGCAGGGCGGGCAGACCAAAGGAAAAGAAGCAUCUCAGUGUCCUGUGCUCAUUGGCGGGUGGCCUGGCGGCCACCCUCUUACCCUCCCUCAGAGACGCCAAACUGCCAAAAACAAGACGCACCGCCCUAGACGCUUCCUAAAUCCAGGCCUAGGCUGGUUCUAACGGGCAUUUUGUCGGAAGCCCAGCCCCUUUACUUCCUGUUUCCUCUCCAACUAAAGAACAACUGACCCAGUUUCUGGAAACAAAACCCCGUUCUGAUUUGGGUAGGGGGAGAGCCGCGGAUGGUGGGGAGCUCUUUUAACUCAGCAAAACAGGAAGCGGGAAAGAGGUGGACUUUCUGUGGAGGCUAGAACGCUUGGAAAAACAAAUCUACGCAGUGAAACGUGAAGAAGUAGGUUUCUCAAGUUCGUGUAUAUAUCUACUUUUUAAUGCCGAAACACACAAGCCUGCUUUUCUGGCAUCCUUUCAAUGGGUGGUGAAAGCGGGCGACAAAAUCUCCGGGCUUUCCCAGAGAAACAGUCUUGGCAAACAUUGGUAUCGUGAAUUCAA